AGGGAACAGGGUCUCACUCCUUGAAUUUCCAAUACUACCCCUCUCUGUCCCUCAAAAUCUCCACUCGCAAGAGCGUCCCCCACACACUCUCUCUCUCCUUCCCUCACUCUCGCUUUCUCUCUCCUCCACAUGGAGACCACCUCUGCCGCCGCCUCCACCUCCGAUCACCAGCAAGGUUCCGACGACAAGCACCUCACGCAGCACCACCUGACUCCCCCCUCAGGCCUCACCCCCGACGAGUUCGCCUCCCUCAUCCCCGCCGUCACGGAGCACCACACCUACCUCACAGGCAACGGCCAAUGCUCCUCCUUACUCGCCCAACGUAUCCACGCGCCACCAGACGCCGUCUGGUCCGUCGUCCGCCGCUUCGACAAGCCACAGUCCUACAAACACUUCAUCAAAAGCUGCGCCGUCAAAGACGGCUUCCAGAUGACCGUUGGCUGCACCAGAGACGUCAAUGUCAUCUCCGGCCUCCCAGCCGCCACCUCCACCGAAAGACUCGACCUCCUCGACCAAGACCGCCGCGUCACCGGGUUCAGCAUCAUCGGCGGCGAGCACCGCCUCAAAAACUACCGCUCUGUCACCUCCGUUCAUGGAUUCGACGACGGUGCCGGUAAGAUCUGGACCGUCGUUCUCGAAUCCUACCUCGUCGACGUUCCCGAGGGGAACACAGAGGAAGACACUCGCCUCUUCGCCGAUACGGUGGUGAGGCUCAACCUUCAGAAGCUCGCUUCCGUCUCCGAAGGGAAGAACCGUGACGAUGACGGUAAGUAAGUCACAGUUCUUUAACGUGAAAAUUGAAAUUAGUCCCCCAAAAUUCAAAAAUACAAGAAAAGGGAUUGAAAUUUGAUGAAUCCAAGUUUCGGUCCCUCAUCAAUACAUAGAAGGAGAAAAACAAAGGAAAUCACCAGUUUUUCUCUCUUUCUUUUAUCUUUUUUUUUAUUGAGUGAGACUUCAGUUCUAAUUUUGUUAUUGAUGAUUUUUCUUCCAUUCUUCUUCUUCUUCUUCUCCCUAAUGCUUUGAAAUUUGUUAUUGCAAUGGGUGAGGGCAUUUCGGUCAAUGUGCUUGUAUAGGAAAUGUUGACUAUGGAUGGAUGUUCAUGGUGAAAUGUGAAUAUCAUUUGCUUUCUGCUUUUCAUCUUCUUGAUUA